AGCUUAGAGAAAAUCCCUAAUUUUCUCAUCCACCAGAAAAAUUUGCGUCUAGUUGAUCUAUCCAGCAAUAGAUUAUCCAGAGACAUUCCUACCUGGCUGUUGGAGAAUAAUCCAGAGCUUAAAGUCUUACAGUUGCAAAAUAAUUCAUUCACUAUCUUUCAGAUUCCUACAAUAGUGCAUAAGUUGCAGGUCUUGGAUUUAUCAUCAAAUGAUAUCACCGGAGUGCUCCCUGAUAACAUUGGCCUUGUCCUUCCGAGGCUGUUACAUAUGAAUGGCUCUGAUAAUGUGUUUCAAGGGAAUCUUCCAUUGUUCAUGGGUGAGAUGAAGAACAUUGUAUUCCUGGACUUGUCUUAUAAUAAUUUAUCUGGAGAGCUACCUAGAAGCUUAUUCACAGGUUGUUUUUCACUAACAAUCUUGCUGCUCUCUCACAACAGAUUUAGUGGCCAUAUUCUUCCGAUAGAAACUAGCCUAACUUUGUUGAUCGUUUUGAGGAUGAAUAACAACUUAUUCACAGAGGAGAUCGGAGUUGGUUUGCUUACCUUGGUUAAUUUGUCAAUAUUUGACGCAUCAAACAAUCGUCUCACAGGUGCUAUCCCAAGUUCGAUGCCCGACUCAUCUCAUCUAAUUAUGUUAUUGCUAUCAAACAAUCUAUUGGAAGGUACGUUGCCACCUUCUCUACUGGCCAUUCAUCAUCUUAACUUUCUGGACCUCUCUGGAAACCUAUUAUCUGGAGACUUACCGUCGUCAGAUGUUAAUUCUAUGUACGGGUUAAAGUUAUUCCUACAUAACAACAGCUUCACGGGACCACUUCCGAGCACUUUGCUGGAAAAAACUAAGAUACUUGAUCUGCGGAAUAAUAAACUGUCUGGAAGUAUCCCACAGUUUGUCAGUACCAUGAACAUGAGGAUUUUUUUGUUGAGGGGUAACAACUUAACAGGAUCUAUUCCAAAGAAACUGUGUGAUAUGACCAGCAUCAGACUUUUAGAUCUUUCGAACAACAAGCUCAAUGGCGUCAUACCUUCAUGCCUUUAUAAUCUAUCAACUAAACUGGGAGAAGAGGAACCAUUGAGUGGCUUCUCUGUGGGUAUUGGUUUUGGAGAUAGCCUUGAGAUGGAAUUUUACAAAUCCACAUUUUUGGUAGAUAAGUUCAUGCUAUACUAUGAUUCUAUAUCUCUGAAUGUUGAAAUCGAAUUUGCAGCGAAGCAAAGAUAUGACUCUUACGGCGGAGGAACACUUGAUUAUAUGUAUGGGUUGGAUCUGUCAAGCAAUGAAUUAAGUGGUGCUAUCCCUGCAGAGCUUGGAGAUCUCUCGAAACUAAGAGCCCUGAAUCUAUCUCGCAAUUUCUUGUCGAGUCGUAUACCGAGUAGCUUCUCCAAACUGAAGGACAUUGAGAGCCUUGAUCUUUCUUAUAACAUGUUACAUGGAAGCAUUCCUCACCAACUAACCAACCUCUCUUCCCUUGCUGUCUUCAACGUCUCUUACAACAAUUUAUCCGGCAUCAUUCCUCAAGGAGGACAAUUCAACACCUUCAACGAGAACAGCUACUUAGGAAAUCCUCUUCUCUGUGGAUCACAGACCGAUAGAAGUUGUGAAACUAAGAAGAAGACAAAGGAAGCAGAUAAUGGAACAGAAGAAAGAGAAGAUGAUGAAGCUGCUAUUGACAUGUUGGUCUUCUAUUGGACAACUGGUUCAACUUAUGUGAUUGCGUUGAUAGGCAUUCUUGUACUUAUGUGCUUCGAUUGUCCUUGGCGUCGAACAUGGCUUCACGCAGUGGCGGAGGCACAUAGAGUGUUAUGGGUGCAAUUGACACCAAUCACAUUUUAAAAUUGUUCUAAUUUACACCAAAUUUCUAAAUACAUAUCAGUUUGAACCCAACCAAUUAUGAUUUUGAACCCAUCAAACGAUUUUUCUAGAUCCGCCACUGGCUUCACGCUGUCAAUGCUUUCAUCACCUCUACAAAAAGUAUGUUUUCUUGAAAUCAUGUCAGCUUAGUUCUUGAUGUAUUCCUUAUUCAAGCAAAAAGCUUAAAUACAUUGUGUUUCUGUUACAUGUGCUUUGGA